CGUUGGAAUUCAAGACCUGCAGAUGAUGAUGAUGAUGAUGAUGAUGAUGAUGAUGAUGAUGAUGAUGAUGUGAGAUGUACAAGUAUGUCCGAAAGCAGGAUGAAGGCAGAGUACGAGGAGGUAGAGAAGACAGAAGAGGGUUCACUGUACGUGUUCCCCGAGGAGGCGAGUCGUGUACCCGCAUUAAAUCCACCAGCAACGAGGCUGCCCGCAAUAAUGACGUCAACUUUGUCAUGGGUAAAGGACGUUGUCGAUUCGGAAGAAAGUGGCGACCUGGUAAAAGGCCGACGUUACGCACCGUCACUGGUGCUAAGAACCCACGCCAGGUCAGCAAGCCACGCUGGAGUUUUAGCGCCUUCGGCAACAGCUUGCCAACAGUCAAUGAAUCUGUCGGGUCCAUUGCCAAAUAUACCAGUGACCUCAUCAGUAACGGGAGCAAUGCGCCCGUCGGCGCUGAAGAAACCCGGGCAUCAGAGAGCAUUCUCACAGGGUCAAGUAGUUGAUAUUAAAAAUCAGUCCUCGGAGGUGACGGGGCACAGUAGAGUUGGCUCGAAAACAGACUUUAUAUUGCCUCCGGGACAUCGCGAUGAACCAAGAUCAGCAUCAAUUGGGGUCGGUGGCAAUGCUGCUACUAAGACACCAUCUUUUCGGGGUCACGCGAGACAAGCUUCUAGAUCAGAGUCUAUUUAUACGAUAAGACGAUCCGCUGCUCCACCUUUGUGGAGGCGAAUAUGUGCCCAUUGUUUUGGUUCUUUUAAUUCACAAGAAGAAUCCCGACUGAGAACUAUUGUGCCUAAUCACCUUGUACCAGUAAAAACCCCAUUAGAUCAGCAUCCUAAUGGUGCUCGUGUUGAUAAUAGGGUACGAACAACUAAGUAUACAUUGCUAUCUUUCUUGCCACGCAAUCUACUGGAGCAAUUCCAUCGGGUUGCUAAUUUGUAUUUCAUUUUUAUUGUAUUAUUAAACUGGGUACCGGCUAUUAAUGCAUUUGGAAAAGAGAUAGCCAUGAUCCCGGUUUUAUUUGUUUUGGGUGUCACGGCAGUAAAAGACUUUUUUGAAGACCGUCGGAGAUUAGCCAGCGAUCGACGAGUUAACAAUUCAAUGUGUCGUGUAUACCUUAGUGAAGUUGACCGAUAUGCCAAGGUAGCCUGGAAAGACAUCAAAGUUGGAGAUAUUGUCCAUUUAUCAAACAAUGAAGUUGUACCGGCAGACAUUCUCUUACUUAGGAGCAGUGAUCCUCAAGGAUUUGCCUUUUUGGACACUUGUAAUCUUGACGGAGAGACAAAUCUUAAGCAACGUCAAGUAGUCCACUACGUUGAAGGUAUUGUCGUUUAUGCAGGUCAUGAGACUAAAGCAAUGCUGAACAACGGAGGACCGAGGUACAAACGAUCGCGACUAGAAAGAAAAAUGAAUACAGAUAUCAUAUGGUGUGUUGUAAUUCUUUUGCUGCUGUGUGUCAUCGGAGCAGUUGGCUGUCGAGUUUGGCUAUCAAUAAUCAGCAGUGACGUGGCUUCAACAAUGUCAAUACCAUUUUUAUCAAUAUCCCGGAGUUCUAUUUUUGAAGGAAUAAUAUCUUUUGGUACUUUUAUCAUUAUAUUACAAGUAAUGAUACCUUUAAGUUUGUACGUAACAAUGGAAAUGGCUAAAGUCGGUCAAGUUUAUCAUAUCGGACAUGACGUUGGGCUUUUUGAUGAAGAAACCCAACAAAAAACUGAAUGCAGAGCUUUGAAUAUAACCGAAGAAUUAGGACAAAUUCAAUAUGUAUUUUCCGAUAAAACAGGAACACUUACAGAAAAUAAAAUGAUAUUUAGACGAUGUACAAUAGGUGACGGGUAUGAUUACCACCACGAUGGGGAGGAUGAAAAUAUUUUAGUGUAUGAAGAAGUUAAGUAUGAUAGUACUAAUUCGCUAUCGAAUACCGAUGCUCAAACAAUUUAUGGCUAUCAAGCGGAUUUACAGCCACGUAUUUACGAGGCUGAAAGUCCUGAUGAGUUAGCGCUCGUUCAUGCAGCAAAAGCUUAUAAUAUUAAAUUGAUAAACAGAACGUGUAAGAGCGUUGUUAUAUCACUGCCAAAUAAAUCAACACUUACGUAUGAAAUCUUGCACGUAUUGCCGUUUGAUUCAACGAGAAAGUGUAUGUCUAUUGUUGUACGUCAUCCUCUUACAAAUCAAAUAUUGUUGUACACCAAGGGAGCUGAUUCAACGGUAUUGUCAUCACUGGCUGAAGGUGUUGAAGCUAAUGACGAGGAAUCGUCGGCAAGUGUUGUUAAAAUACGACAACAAUUAUAUACGUACGGUCGUCAAGGUUUAAGAACCCUUGCGAUGGGCAAACGAGUGCUCACUGAAAGUGAAUUCGAUUUGUGGAAACAGAAAUAUGUGGAAGCUGAAUUGUCGGCCAGUGAGAAUAGGGAAAAAAAAAUACCCAUUCAUAUGAGCGAAGAUGAUGUUCCAGAGCAGCAACAAAAAAGAGCUCUGGUGGUCGACGGAAAGACUCUGACGUUUAUUUUAGAUCCUAGGUCAGGACUCACGGCUCCGUUUUUGGAGCUUACGCAAUUCUGCUCCAGUGUACUGGCUUGUCGCGCCACACCGCUGCAGAAAGCUUACAUAGUUAAAAUUGUUAAGGAAAAAUUGUCUGUUAGAACAUUAGCGAUAGGUGACGGUGCCAAUGAUGUGAGUAUGAUCCAGACAGCAGAUGUUGGUGUCGGAAUAUCGGGGAGAGAAGGAACACAAGCCGUGAUGGCUUCCGAUUUUGCCAUUGCGAGAUUUCCUAUGCUCACGCGAUUACUUCUUCUACACGGACACUGGUGUUACGACAGACUUGCACGAAUGAUCCUUUAUUUUUUCUACAAAAAUGCAAUGUUUGUCUUUCUUAUUUUUUGGUAUCAAAUGUACUGUGGCUUCUCCGGCGCAGUAAUGAUUGAUCAAGUGUACCUGAUGCUUUAUAAUUUAUUAUUUACCUCACUGCCUCCUUUGGCGAUUGGAGUUUACGACAGAAUAGCUCCUGCUAAUAUUUUAUUAUCAUACCCAGAGCUUUACGCUCGAGGAAGACUUGGACUUAUUUAUAAAUCUUAUUCAUUUUGGUAUACAACCGCCGAUGCAUUUUAUCAGAGUAUUGUUAUCUUUUUUGUAGCGGAAGCGGCUUAUCAUGACUCUGAAGUGGAUAUCUGGGAGUUUGGAUUAACAAUAACUACCUCUUGCAUAAUUGUUAUGCUUAUUCAAGCGUCCUUAGAAUUCAAAUCUUGGACAAUCAUACAUGUCGCCACAAUCGUAGGUUCUUUCGGAAUUUUUUUCGGAUUUGCUCUUAUAUACAAUAUUGCCUUUAAAAAUCUAAUGGGCUUACCUGGCUCGUACUGGAUAAUGCCAAAAGCUCUUACACGUCAUACGUAUUGGUUAACAGUGAUACUUACUGCAGUACUUGCUAUUUUACCAAGGUUUCUGUACAUAAUAUUAAAAAAUACAAUCGCUCCGGACGUGAUACUUCGAGCAAAGCUUCAAUCUAGAAUGAAGCAUGAUAUCACAACGACUACAACGAUGCUUACAUCGGCUACUAUGACUACUCAGAGUAAUCACAGUCGUCUUUCGGAAGCGAACGGUAUCCUUGCGAGUGGUUCACGUUCUUCGCAAAAUACAACUCCAAAAACCGAAGUUAGACCUGAAAUAAAUAAUCCACUAACCACUAUUGUCGCAUAG